AUGCAUCAAGGCAUGUUCGCAAGCUACGGCCAUAACACUUAUACCGCUGCUCCUGAUUCAUCCCUCCAGGAUGUAAGAGGAGAGAAAACUAUAUUCAAUCCGGCGAAUCCAGCAGAAGUGCCUAUGUUCGGCUUUACUUAUGGACAUCGAGUUCGCGUUGUACUUGAGAUGCACAAGAAAUCGAGCGGUAAUUUCGUUAUCAAUCUCAGAAGCGGUCUCGACAUCAUAAUGCAUUUCAAUCCUCGUCUCAAUGAACGUGCACUCAUUCUCAAUUCAUUUCAUGGAGGUAGGUGGGAGGAUGAGGAACGAGCCACCGUCAUCUUCCCAUUCAAGCCAGGAGAGAUCUAUACGGUCGAACUUGUAGCAAGCGGUCGUAAUUCUGUUUACAUAUACGUUAAUGGUCAACUGCUCUACGAGUUUCGUGAGCGUCAGUCAGGCAACCAAGUCGCGGCAGUUCAAGUUUCAGGAGACAUCGACAUUCACGCUAUCCAUCAAAUAAUGAUUGGUGAAUAUUAUACCGGACCUGGAUCCGGAUCCGACUACAGUCCUGCCCCAUCGCAAUGGCAAGGUGGCCAAAGUGGUCAAGGUGGUCAGCAGCAGGGUGGUGGUCCUCCAGGAUCGGGUUUCUCGAGAGAAAUCUACAACCCUACAAAUCCGGUUCAAGUGCCAAUCAGAGGUUUUCCACAAGGGAGUCGUCUUCGUGUGGUGCUUCAAAUGCUGGACAAGGGUGCUGGGACAUUCAGCAUCAAUCUCAAAAAUGGAAACGACAUCCUCAUGCAUUUCAAUCCUCGUUUGAAAGAGAAAAGUGUCGUCUUCAACUCAUAUUACGACGGUAGUUGGGGGUACGAAGAACGACCCUCUGGAUCUUUCCCCUUCGAAAAGAAGCGCCUUCACACAGUUGAGAUCAUGGCAAGCAGUAACAACGCAUUGCUCGUCUACGUUGAUGGCCAGUUUCUCUACGAAUUCCAUCAGCGUCAGCAGGAUUCUGUGUCUUGCAUUGACAUUGGAGGGGAUAUCAACAUUCAUGCUGUUUAUGUUAGCUAAUUUUCGACAGAAUAAAGAGCAAUUCUUGUGAUAAGGUUUUAAAAUGUUUUGGUUGUAGUGUACUAAUUGGUAUUAUCACAUAGUACCAAUUGCACUUGUAAGAAGC